GCAACUCAUUAAACAACAGACCACAUGCCAUAUCUAACACACCAAUCAAACAUAAACUAUACUUACAUGUCUGUAGCUAUAUAUACCUCUUUAUUUUCGUCAACUAAACACAACUAAAAAAACAUAAAUUUUCAGAUGGAGUUGAACAAGAGUUCAGAGCAGAUGGGUAAUGAAAAGAUUAAGACUUUGAUAAAUGUUAAGAAGAUCAAGAAGAGGAGAUUUAAGGGUUUGAAAAUGGGGUGUUUUGGGAUGAGAAGAAGGGAUGAUUAUGGUCAUUCUACUUUGGAAGAAGCUGAUGUGGAUGGGAAUCUUGAUAUGGAGUCUGCUUCUAAUUUUGGGUCGGGUCGGGUUGACCCGACCCAUCUUGUUGUUACUGUUAAUGGUAUCAUUGGCAGUGCACAAGAUUGGAGAUAUGCAGCAAAGCAGUUUUUAAAAAGAUACCCCCACGAAGUUGUUGUGCACUGCAGUGAAUCUAAUCAUUCAAUGUUAACAUUGGACGGUAUUGAUGUGAUGGGAAGCAGAUUAGCAGAUGAGGUGUUAAGUGUAAUAGAACGUCAUCCUGGUCUUCAGAAAAUUUCUUUUAUAGGUCACUCACUUGGUGGCCUAAUAUCAAGAUAUGCUAUUGCUAAGCUUUAUACAGAGGAAAGAUUUGAGAGAACUGGAAAUUCUUCAUACAAGGAACAUGAAUUUAAAGGAAAAAUUGCUGGACUAGAGCCUAUGAACUUCAUAACCUCUGCAUCACCACACCUCGGUUGCAGAGGGCAUAGACAGAUUCCCUUGUUCGGUGGAAUUCUUUCCAUGGAAAAAGCAGCAGCACGUAUAUCUUGGCUUCUAGGCAGAAGCGGGAAGCACCUGUUUUUGACUGAUGCACGUGAUGGGAAACCUCCUCUUCUGCUUCAGAUGGCAGAUGAUUGUGAAGAUCUUAAGUUCAUAUCAGCUUUGCAAUCCUUCAAGCGUCGGGUGGCCUAUGCAAAUGCACAUUUUGACAAAAUUGUAGGAUGGAGUACUUCAUCCCUUAGGCAUCGAAGCAAACUUCCAAAGCAUCUGAAAUUUCCAAGAAAUGAUAGAUAUCCUCAUAUUAUAAAUGAAGAGACAGCUAGAGCUGACAAUUCUUCUAAAGCCCAAGCUAAAGAUUACAAGACCGAUGACAUGGAAGAGGUGAUGAUAAAAGGUUUAAAUAAAGUAAGCUGGGAAAGGGUGGAUGUAAGCUUUAAAGGAAGUAGACAAAGACUUCUUGCACACAAUACAAUUCAGGUUAACUCACCCUUCAUGAAUUCUGAUGGAGCUGAUGUAAUUCAACAUAUGCUCGACAAUUUCUCAUUGUAGGAGCUGCACAAUUUUUUAAGCUAAAUUACUGUCCCACUCGGAAGUUCAUUCCAAAAGUGCAUGCACGUAAGCUUCCAAAAUUUUGUCACUUUAACGCUGACAUUAUUCUUUCUGGAAAUGUAGAAAUGAGUUAUUUAUAGCUGUUAGUUAUAAUUUUUUGGGGACAACAUUUGAACUUGUUCAUGCCCCCCAACCUGUAUAUUAGUGUAUGAGUUUGUUGUAAGAGUAUAAUACAGGUGCCAGUAAAAUGAAGGGCACAGUAAAGAGUUUAGAUCCUACAACAUUCACGGGCCUCUCAAUAUUGUAAUAUAUUUUCUUUGAAACAAGUUAAGUUUCAAUUGUUAGUAAAAAAGUUUAUGUUGCAUAUAUAAA